GCAACCUAUAGUAAAAUGUCUGGAUAAAGUGAAUUUCUUCAUGUUAAAAUGGUGUUUUUAAAAUUUGUUAGCUUAUUCUACGUACUACAAACUCCACAUAUUUUGGGAGCCGAAGUACGUCUUGUCGGGGGGCGUACACCAUACAUGGGAAGGUUAGAAGUACGAAACAGUAGCAAAGGUCAAUGGGGAACCGUUUGUGACGACCAAUUUGAUAAAAACGAGGCAGCAGUGGUAUGCCGAAUGCUCGGGUUUCGAAAUACUGAAUAUGCAGUAAAUAUAUCAUCGUCAAUAUACGGGAAAGGCAUAGGUCCCAUACAUUUAGAUGAUUUGAAAUGUACUGGGAAUGAAACUGACUUACUGCAAUGUAAGGCUAAUACUUGGGGAGCCAGCAACUGUGACCAUGAGGAAGACGUUGGGGUGAACUGUCAGACCCCUAUCCGGCUUGCUGGCGGAGCUACAUCUAAUUCUGGACAGGUAGAAAUUCAGAACAAUGGUGGUUGGCAAACAUUUUGUUAUGACAAUUUUGAUGAAAAUACUGAGAAUGUAAUCUGCAGGAUGUUAGCAUUUAGUACGGGGAACGUUAAAAUCAAAUCAACCAAUGGGUUAGAGAAUGUGGGUGAUCUGUUUGCGAAGCAAAUGUCCUGUAAUGGCACAGAAAAUGAUCUUACACAGUGCAAGUGGCUGGAACAUUCUUGUACAAACAAUGAAAUAGUCGAAAUUAAUUGCCGAACUAACAUUCGCUUGAAAGACGGCCCUCACAAUCAAUCAGGAAGAGUUGAAGUGUAUUUUGAAGACCGAUGGGGAACUUUUUGUGACGCAUUUUUUGAUGACAACGCAGCCAGUGUUAUCUGUAGAAUGCUUGGCUACAAUCCAAAGUUUGCAAAAGGUUACGGCAGGUCACAUUAUGGCGGAGGUGUUGGUGAUAUAAUUAUUGAUAACCUACGGUGCUCUGGGAGUGAAACCGAUAUUUUAGAAUGUAAAUCAAACCAGUGGGGCUCUCAUACCUUAUGCAACCGCAAUGAAACAGCCUCCGUGAAAUGCGCAACGGAUUUAAGACUUGCAGACGGACCAACUUCAUUCUCUGGACGUCUAGAGAUCAGGUCAUCUGGCGUUUGGAAAACGAUAUGUGAUGAGGAUUUUAACUUUGAUACAGCACGGGUUGUAUGUAAAAUACUCGGAUUUGAAAGAGGAAAUGUCAGUUUUCAUACUGGGGCGUAUUAUGGCAAAGGAUUAAACGGCAUUGUUGACUAUGGUUUGAAGUGUCUCGGCACUGAGUCUGAUAUAGCAGACUGCAAUCAUACCACAACAACAAGUCAUUGCGACCACAGUCGGGAUGCUGGCGUAAACUGCUAUUCUGAAACUCCAGUAAGGCUAGUUGGUGGACCUACGCCUUAUUCUGGAAGAGUGGAAAUUUACUCUCAAGAGCAAGCCUUUUGGAUAGGCGUCUGUCUAGACAACUUCACAACGAAUGAUGCUGCAGUUCUUUGCACAAUGUAUGGGAAACCAAAUAGAAAUCCUAGUAUUUAUAGAGCGACUAAUCUGUACAACUACGACAUACGUGGAGAUGCUGUUACUGGUUUAAAUUGUACUGGUUUAGAAAUGGAUAUAACAAACUAUAGAUCAAAACGACAAUGGAUCAAUUAUUCGUGUUCUUAUCCAAAUUAUGCUGGUAUAAAUUGCG